AUCUGCAGGCACAUGUAAGUCCUUCGCACGGCACUUGGACUUUAUGCACAGAGAUAUACAGAACAGGACAGUGAGCUUGUUUCUUCUGAUGGGGGCAUAAAGCGGGUGACGGGAUUAUUUUUGCACGAAUGUGGUAAGAGAUAACACGUGAUGGACAAGUUAACUACAGUCAAGACUGUCAGCUAUGUUGGAGGAGGAGCUGGAGCAGGGAGCAAAGGUGAUCUUUUAGUGAGUUUGGGUGGAUCAGGUGGAAGAGCUGCGUCAGGAGGCUCCAGUGGCACAAGCAGCUCAUUUGUGGUAACAUCCAGCCGCUCCGGUGGAUCAGGAGCAAGCAACGGCACCGGAGGCAUCAGCACCACUACUGUAGGAGCAUCCUCUGCUGAGGGCUCUGCAGCCUCUGGGGGGGGAUCCUCCAGCACGUCCUCUGGUUUUAUCGUUGAUGGCAGAGAUGGAAAAAGGGAGGGGGGUCAAGGUGCUGUAUCUACAGGGACAAAGACCAGCUACAGUUCAGGUGGAUCCGGAGAAGCAAAGAAAGGGUCUUCCUCUGCAAUCAAUUAUUCUCCAAAAGAGAAGAGGAGCAUGAGCAGCAUGGCAGCAGCUCUCCCUGAUGUGUUUGAUGAAAGUUCAAGCACAAACUCUUCUCCAGAGUACACCAGGAAGGACUACGGCACAUCAAAAGCAACUUCAAGUUCUGCCACCAGGGGGAGAACUCAGAGCAGAGAGAGUGAGAUCAGAGCCAGACUUCAGAGUGCUUCUCCCACAGGAUGUUGGACGGAGCUGGAUGAUGUGAAGCGUCUGCUGAGAGGAAACUCCACCAGCACCAGCCCCAACAACACGCUGCCCAUCCCGAAGAAGGCCAGUGUGGAGGCCCGGAGCAUGUCGGAGAGCUCCAGCACAGACGUCCCCUAUGGCAGCAUUUGGCCUGGAGGUGUGAGCAGUAGCUACAGUUACAACACAAACCCCAACAACCUGUCCACUACCUCCACUCUUUACCAGUCAGGUCCAGCUCCAGGACUUCAGAACAACAUGACUCUCAGCUCUCCCUAUGUGAGCAGUGGCCUCUCUGCCAGCAGCACAGCUCCAGUGUACGGUGUUCAGAAUAAUCUGAUCAGUACCAGCCCCACUCAUCUCUCUCCAGCAGGAGCAAACUCUCCAAUAGUUUAUGGUGUGCACAAAAAUCUAUCCGGCUUUGGAGUAAGCCCAAGCACAGUGGGACCCAGAAGUCCCUCUGCUGACGACGCCCCAGGAAAGGACUUUAAGUUUGUGCUGUUAGAGAAGGAGAAUGCUCCCGUCAAGAAGGAGUCAGAGAGGCUGGUCGCGACCAAAGUCACGACGAAGCAGUUCACGUCUGCUCCUACUACUGCUAGUACUUUUGUGACCUACUCUGACGACUCACUGAAGAGAGAGAAACAGAAGUUGUCAGCCAGCACAGCAUUAGAAGGAGCAGACACUAAAUCUUCAGGCCUGAGGGUUGCCACAAAAGACAAAGCCACAUAUGCAGAGAUCGGAAAAGAUGAAUCGGGUUUUGGCUUCUGCUCCUGGUGCAGCUGGUGGAAGUGGCUGCUGGGCCUCCUGCUCAGCCUGCUCCUCCUCCUCGGACUCCUCUUUGGACUCAUCGCUUUAGGUGAAGAGGUGAAACGCCUCAAGAACCGCGUUGAUGCCUUGGAAGCCAUCACUGGCACCGACCCAGCCCUGGCCAGUCGCUUCUCGGCCUCCUCUGGCACCAACAUCAUCGACCCACUGGAUUCAGCAUAUGUCGACAGGAGUUCCCCUGGGUUCACCCUGACCCGCACUGAUAACUACAUCAACCUGGGGGCUGCUGGACCCGGCGGAGGAGGCACACCGAGCGCACCGAGACAGGACAGCACUGCACUGCAGAGAACUGUUCAGCAGCUGGUCAGGGCUGAGCUCCAAUCGGAUGCUGUACGAGAAACACUUAAAGGAGAGAGAGGAGAGCCAGGGACCAAAGGUGACCCAGGGGCACUAGGACAAAAAGGAGAUGGCGGUUUCCCUGGUCUGCCAGGUCCUCAAGGGCAGAUGGGUCACCCAGGACUGGAAGGACCCAGGGGACCUAAGGGAAGUGCAGGUGAACCAGGUCCCGAGGGACCAUUAGGACCGAGGGGCCGUGAGGGACUGAUGGGCCCCCGCGGAGAGACUGGCCCAUCUGGUUUUGGAGCGAAAGGAGAUCGAGGUGAGCCAGGACGCCCUGGUCCUGCUGGUGCUGCUGGUGCUGCUGGACCUAUGGGGCCAAAGGGUGAUCCUGGACCAAAGGGUUACCAGGGUGACGCAGGAGUGCCAGGAGCAAAGGCUGACAGAGGAAGUCCAGGGACACCAGGAACCAAAGGAGAGCAGGGAGAGCGGGGCUCACGUGGAUCAGCAGGUGAACAAGGACCACCUGGACAACAAGGUCCUGUUGGACCAAAGGGGACUAAGGGGAUUACAGGUGAGGCAGGUUCAAUGGGACUUUCUGGAGUCAGAGGACCACCUGGACUUCCUGGAGAUAAUGGACCCCAAGGCACCCCAGGGAUUCAAGGACCACGAGGCAUCGCUGGAAACCCAGGGCAACCUGGUGCUCAAGGUGCACCCGGUUCGUCUGGUAAAGUCAUCACUCCAAUUGGCUCUGACACUGUGGCCAUCCCUGGACCUCCAGGGCCCGCUGGGCCUGCAGGCCCUGCUGGAUCCCCUGGUUUGUCUGGUCCCAUUGGCCCUGCUGGUGUCCCAGGACAACCUGGUUCUAAGGGUACACAAGGGGAGACAGGAGAUAGGGGACCGAAGGGAGAGCAAGGAAAAGCUGGCGAGCCGGGCAUCAGCGUCACAAAUUCAGAAACUGUCAGUUCCACCCGAACUGGACUUUCCCCAGUGGCAGGUCCACCAGGACCCCCAGGUCCUCCUGGACCAUCUGGUUCUCAGGGUCCUGCUGGUGAGACUAAACAAGGUCCUCCAGGACGCAAAGGUCCUCCAGGAGAGUCAGGUGUUGGCUAUCCUGGACCCCCAGGAGAGAGAGGAGAACCUGGCAGCUUUGUGCCUACUUCAGAGACCUUCUUUGCUGGACCACCAGGACCCCCUGGUCCAAAGGGCCAGGCUGGCGAUAGAGGACCACAAGGUUACCAAGGUGACCCAGGUCAACCAGGUAUACCAGGGGAACCAGGUGUUGGUUUCCCAGGUCAGCCUGGACCUAGGGGGGCUCCGGGACCACAAGGACAUACAGGUGGUUCUGUCCCGAGUGGAAGAGAUGAAAGUAGGCCCGGACCAGCUGAUGUGGGCCAGUACAUCGCAGAGUACCUUCAGAAUGGUGCCAUCAGGGAGUAUCUGGCUGGACCUCCUGGACCUCCUGGGCCUCCUGGUGCUCCGGGAGCCCAAGGGAACACAGGGGACGGGAUGGUGGACGAUGUGGCCAAUCGAGUCAUCGCCUACAUCCAGAGUUCAGUUAGAGGAUAUGAUGGGUCUGUUGGAGCACCUGGACCUUCCGGGCCUCCUGGGCCUCCUGGGCCUCCUGGUGCUCCGGUAGCCCAAGGGAACACAGGGGACGGGAUGGUGGACGAUGUGGCCAACCGAGUCAUCGCCUACAUCCAGGGUUCAGGUAGAGGGUAUGAUGGGACUCCUGGCCCUCCUGGUCCUCCAGGUCCACCUGGCGCCGUCUCUAUUAAUGACAUCAUCGAUAUUUUACAACGGGAGGAUGUGAGGAGAUAUGUUGCUGGUCCAGCCGGUCCACCAGGGCCACCUGGUGGUCAGAUAUUUAACACCCAGCAGGUGGCUGAACAAGUGCUCAGUCUCAUGAAUGCUGGGUAUCAAUCAAAUGUGGGCCCUCAAGGGCCUCCUGGUCCUCCAGGUGUCCCUGGUCUACAAGGACCACCUGGACAAGCAGGACCACCUGGCCCACCAGGACUUGGCAACCACAUCAGCUCAGACAUUCGUGACUACCUGCAAAGUGUCGCCUUCAAAGGCUCACCAGGCCCCCCUGGUCCCCCUGGACCUGAGGGCCCCCCUGGUCCAAUGCGAGGACUGGUCUCCUAUGCUGAGCAUACUGGCAGAGAUUCAAUCACAACAGAACAACAAGAACGUUUCAAGAGUCAAGCGGUGAGAGGAGCCAUGUUUGGGCUUCCUGGUAUGCCAGGCCCUCCUGGACCCUCAGGACACAAGGGAGAGCCAGGUGUGCCUGGCACUGGAGCCUGGAGCCUGGAUACUGCUGAUUACUCCAGUAUGGCUGUCCGAGUAACUGAUUACAUCAAAUCCCACGGUCUGCUCCGUGAUGUUCUGAGAGACUCUGACCGUGUUGUCCAAGGACCUCCAGGACCUCCUGGACCUCCAGGAAUACAUGGACAAAGCCAGUGGGUCAGCUCCCGUGAAAAUGUAGCAGGUCUGGUGGAAUAUAUCAAAUCUCAUGGUGUGCUGCACGAUAUUGUGAGCGAGUACAACAGUCGCAUCUUCCAAGGACCUCCAGGACCGGCCGGCCCCCCAGGUCCGCCAGGAUACAACAGAUUGUCUGGUACAUAUGGAAAUGCCACAGAACUGCUGGAAUACAUCAAAUCGCAUGGCCUGCCCCGUGACAUCGAGCGCACUCACAAUGAACGUGUCAUCCACGGACGACCUGGACCCCCUGGCCCUCCAGGUCCCGCGGGUUACAGCCGCUUGUUUGGUUCCGAUACAAACGUCUCUGAUUUGGUGGAAUACAUCAAAGCUCAUGGAGCCAUUGUAGGAAAUCCCGGGAGACCAGGACCGAAAGGGGAGAUGGGAUUCCCCGGCAUUAAAGGAGACAGAGGUGGACAUGGUCCUCCUGGGCGUCACGGACCCAAAGGACUAAAGGGUGACAGAGGAGAUUUCUCACUGAUGACCAAAAGACGGAAGAGGGACGUUGGCAUCUGAGAGCAGCGUCUCUGAACAUAUGGACCUUUAAGAGUUGUGUAUGAAUAAGGAGGGAACAUGUACUGAAGCACUGGAUGCAGCUUAUCAGUUAGAUUUUUGUAAGGGACGUGAUGGUAUUUUCGUAUCCAUAAAGAUUUACAGCUCAGUUGUAUUUGGGAAAUCAGGGAUUAUGUAUGAUCGCAAAUUGUCUGAUUGUAUUGAGGGGUAUUAUUCAGUGAGGUGACAUCUUUUUUUGUGUGGGACUGAUAGAGCUGACUCCCUUUUUUUCAUUGCAGUGGACAUUUUCUCAUCAAAUCAAAGACUAAACACAAGUGUAGUAGAGAGGAAACAGUUUAUUUACAGCAAAAUGAAAAUCUACAUUACAUAGGCAUUCUAAAAACUAUACAUUUAUUUUUAAAAUGCAUAAUGAUUUUGAUAUGGAUCAUGUUUUUUUUUUUGCUGUCAAAAUUCAGAAUUCAAUCAAUUAAAAUCGAUUUAAUCUACCUGGACAAGGAUUGACAUUUUGCAGUUAUAUUUGUAAGCUGCAAACCGCUAACGAUUAAGUAGAGUUAAUUAAACUGUAGCACACUGUGUGUAAGUAAGUGUGUGUGUGUGUGUGUGUGUGGGGGGUCAUAUAAAUAGCUUUUGAGAAAGUUUUGCAAAAGGUGCACAGCACUCCUUCAUUAUGUUUUUGUACAUAACUUCUCAGUUAUUAAAUACAUGUGACACACAUUAAAGCCAAUCCUAAAGAAAAUGAGAUGAUGAACUGAACCAAUCGGUGGUCAAGAUGGCCUAAACCAGUCAGGUCCAUUUUUUUUGCAUCAACUGCAUCAAAUAUUACACAGUGUUAGCAUCACUCAUGAUACUUCAGCCUACAAUAAAAAACAUUUGCCAAAG